AUGAAACAACGACACAAUGAUGAUGAUGUUAAUGACGAUGAAAAAGAAGUUUUAUCAAAUAACGAUGACUAUCGUGUUGUUGAUUCAUCAUCCCUUGUUAACAAUACAACAUUCGAUAAUGAAGAUGAUACCGUAUUCAUGCAGACAACAGCCACAACAGUAAUGAAACCGAAGUUGACGAUUAAAAUAAUAAUAACAAACGAAUUACUUAAUGAUGGGAUUUCUAACAUCGAACUGUCAGGUGCUCUGAGAUACGAUCCCGAGCCUCAUUGCCUAGAGGUUUUCUAG